AUGUCGCGACAGCCUAAGCUUCGUCCGAAAUCACACAUACCCGGCUUCUCAGAUGCCAUGUACGACCUCGCUGGUGUGUCUUCUCUAUCACAGCUAGAGUCCCGUGCUGGGCUAGGGGAAGAGAGACAGGAUCAACGAGUCUUUCGGGUCAAGCGCAAACAUGUCUUGAAAGCUUGUGACCGGUGCAGAGUUAAGAAGACAAAGUGCGACGGGAAGCAGCCAUGCAAUCGGUGCUCCGCAUAUAACCACCCGUGUCUGUUUCGGGAGAGAAAGGCCACGCAAACUAAGGUCUAUUCCCGAGGCUUCGUUGAGAUGCUCGAAUCGCAUCAUUCUCUUGUGGUCAAGGCUCUGCAACGGCUCUACAAGCUAUGCGUUGACAAAGAAGGUUUUCCCGGGGACCCUUUGGUCGAGUCGGCAGACGGCCACCCUUUGACGCAUGCUAUAUUAGACCGUCUGGGGUUGAUAAAGCAAGCCGAGGAAAACACUGAUGAGCCAGAGGAGGACUCGGAAGAUCUCCGAUAUCUUCGUUUCCUGUCUACUUCCACCGACUGCAGCGCAACAACGGACCCAUCUCCCGAGCCAACCACUCCUCCUGAGCCGUCGCCGACCACCUGCAGUCCUGCCAACCUCUCCCCUAAGAUUGGAGGUCCUUGGAAAUGGGAAUACCAGCACGUUCAUCCAGUGCAGUACCACAGCUACCCGCAUUCAGGGUUUCACGAAGCGACGAUGGCGAGGCCUACAAUGGAACCCACCAGCAUCUCAGGUGAUACGAAGUGUCCUGAACCGGUAUCUUCGCUCGCAGAACAUGGGCCUUCUUACUUCUACUAUAUGGACGGUGGCGGUAACGGAAACCCAGUGAAUGGUCGCCUUCACCCGGGAGAGACCACCGGACCUGGUGCACCUCAUCCAGCCCCGACAGCCGGACUCCCCGCCGCCGAUAUGCUCGGGAGCUACACCAACAACCACCAGCUCCAUAUGUCAGAACAACACCCACUUUAUCCGAACUUCGCACCUAACUGGAACUACCCCUGUAGAUGA